AAAAAAGGAUUCUUGUUCAAGGAUACCUCUGGAUAGAAGCCUUUCGAGACACAACACAAAACAACAAAAGCUCAGUGCAGCCAUACAAGCAAGCGAGAACAUGGCAGUGAACAGUCCUGAGCAAACAAACGGGGUGUCCAAUGGCCACAGUAAUAGGAGCAGUGAAAGGACCGCCGAACCUCUGCUGGGCAACCGUCCGCGUACCGCCAAUGGAACUUUUCUGCGAAUCCUGACGAUCAACGAUGUGUACAAACUGGAAAACUUUCCUCAUUUUGCGGCAGCUGUCGACAUGGCCAGGGCUCUCGCAUCGGACCAAGACUGUGUGGUUGCCAGCUUUCUCAAUGGCGACUUUUUGAGUCCUUCCAUUCUCACUGCUUUGGAUCGCGGGCGUGCCCUUAUGAACGGAGUCAAUCUGGCAAACAUUGACUACCUGUGCCUGGGCAACCAUGAAUUUGAUAUUGGGUUUGACGGGCUGGAGAGUCGUCUUCAGGAGCUUUCCAAGAAAACUACAUUGAUCAACUCCAAUGUGGAUGAUGAUUUUUUGUCGAAGCACUACCCACCUUUUCACUUCCUCCAGAUUGGAGAGGAAAGAACUGCAGUCGUUGGAGGCUUUUUGACCAACCAAAUUGACAUCUUUCCUCCCAAGGCCAAGCCAAAGAUUCGUCCCAUUGAAGAAUCAUGUGUCUCUACGUGGGAAGACGCCAAGGCUGCUUUCAAAACAGCCAACAACAACCCCAACAGUGACACCAACGAUACGAAGCUACCCGAUCUCUUUCUACCCAUGACUCACCAGCUCAUGCACCAAGAUAGAAACACGGCCACCUUUUUGGCCCAGCAUGAAGAGUUGAAAUCCAGGACACCGAUUAUUCUUGGAGGCCACGAUCACGAAGUUUAUCUUGAAGAAGUGGGCCAAUCUAUCAUUGCCAAAGUGGGUGUCGACGCGGAGAAGAUUGGGAUCAUUGAUGUUUGGUGGACCGCAGACGGCCAAGUCAAAUCGCGGCUAUCACUGGUACCCUGUGACGAGUUCCCCAAAGAUACUUUAAGCGAAAAAUAUGCUCAGGAAACCAGUGCCAAGGUCAACAAGCUCAUGUCAACUCCCAUUGCAUCGUUGCCAAAAGGAGGUGGAUCGACCAAGAAGGUUCGAUUUGAGGCAUCUCCCGUGGCAUCGUGGCUCUUAUCCACGGUAAAGCGCGGUCUCAAUCGCACCCAAGACAAACACAUUGACUGUGCGUUGAUACAGGCUGGAGGCAUUCGUGGACAAGCAGACUAUGAUGGCAGUGCGCCCUUUCGGGUGGGAGAUCUCUACAAUGAAUUUGCCUUUGAGACUCCCACGGGCAUUGUGGAGGUCCCAGGUUGGGUUCUAGCGGAGAGCGUGCAGAAUACUCGCUCCGCGGCCAAACCAGCCCCGCAAUUCUUGCACCUCGACACCGAUUGCACUGUACUGCAGCAGGGAGAUGACCAUAUUCUGACCCAUGUGAACGGCGCUCCUUUGGUGAAGGAUCGACUCUACCGCAUCUGCACCUGGAAUAAUACCUUGAAUGGAGUCAACGACAUCCAGCCACUUCUGGCUUAUGUGCAAACGAACGUCACGGUCCCAGACGAUGAAGCGUGCCGUCCAGCCAAGGAUAUUGUGCUGGAAGUGUUGGUGGUAGAUGCGUGGCGUCACUUGUUUGAGCUUCCGUCGCAUGUGGACAAUAAUUGCCAUAGCUGCGUUCCUGGCUUGACCCAGCCUGACAUUGAAACGGCAGUCGAUCGUGUCUUUGCUGAGAUGGAGUGCGCGGGAGAUGGGGUCGUGAACAUUGAUGCCUUGUACGACUACAUGGAGAGCAAGGGUCAUCGUAUCUACCAUGGAUGCGGAAUAGCGAUGGAAAUGAUGAAACUGGUGGAUGUGGAAGGCAAAGGUCAACUGUCUCGAGAUCUUGUGUUGGAACAGUUGCAAAUACAUGCCUGCGGGCCAUGAAGACGCCCUUUGUUUCUGGCGGAGACGAAGCUUGAUUUUUGCAUGUAUUCUUAGCCUAUAUUAUAGUCAAUUGCUCCUACUAGACGUAAAUAGCAACGUAAACUACCGUGGCGAAUACCAUAGCUACAUGUACAACUAAGUGUUUCCGAAAUAGCCG